AUGGACAAAAUUGAAGAAGCUGCAAAGCCUUUGGGAUUUAACGUUCGCCAACAAAACUACAAGGAAAAGAUAGGUUUUGAAGACAGGGAUUCAUUUGAGGGCCUAUUCAAAGAGUACUGGGAAAUAGUUCAGGAGGAAGAAGGCUUGACCAUGGAUGACGACAAUGCCGCAAAUACCCAAUUAAAAAAGAAGAAGAAGAAAAAUAAAAACGGCAAAUGCCUUUCAGUUAAAAUUGGAAAGGGACAGCAAGAAGAAGAGUUCAUCACGGUUGACUCUGAUAAAGAAGAAACAGAACCAUGCAAGCCAGUACAAUUACCCCAUCAUGAAGUGGAUUCUGUCAUCAAACGCUACAUUCGAGAGAAAAAAACCUUGUUGACCAAGAGAGGAAAUGCGAGAAAGAGGUCACAAACAAAGAGCAGAAUAUUUCAUCUUUUGGAGGCCCAUUUAGUUGAGAGCAAGGAGGAAUCACAGGAAGAUGUUGACGAUGGUGACGGUGAUCAAGUACGUUGUCCAAAGAAAGAUGAAAAUGAUGAUGCGGCCUGUAAGAAGCGGAGAACUUUGAGCUCAGAUAUGGAAAAUCAGGUAAACGAAGUCGAAACUAUUAUCAAGCGGAGCUCUUUUGCCUCUAUAGUCGCUGAAAAUAUCAAACUCGUCUAUCUAAGGAGGAGCUUGGUGGAGUUAUGUAAGCAGCCUGAAAGUUUUGAAGGCAAAGUAGUUGGAAGUUUCCUUAGAGUCAAAACAGAUUCCAAAGAUUUUCUACAAAAGAAUUCUCACCAGCUUUUGCCAUAA